GGGCGGCAGCUCGAGGCCGGCAUGCGCGGCAUCCUCAUCACCUGCAACAUGAACGAGCGCAAGUGCGUGGGCGAGGCCUACAGCCUGCUCGGCGAGUACGGGGACCUGCUCUACGGGCCCGAGCAGUUCUCAGAGGCCGAGGAGCGGCUGUCGGGAAGCGACCCGGAGGAGGAUGAGGAGGACGACGUCGAGGCAGCCCUGAGGAAGGAGGUGGGCCAGAUCCGCGCCUCCACGGAGCACAAGCUGCGGCGGUUCCAGUCGGUGGAGAGCGGCGCCAACAACGUCGUCUUCAUCCGGACGCAGGGCAUAGAACCUGAGAAUCUGGUGCACCAUAUAUUAAAGGAUAUGCAUACCACUAAAAAGAAGAAAACAAGAGUCAUUCUGCGCAUGUUACCUAUUUCUGGAACUUGCAAAGCUUUUAUGGAGGAUAUGAAAAAAUACACGGAAACAUUUUUUGAGCCUUGGUUUAAAGUCCCUAAUAAGGGUACUUUUCAAAUUGUUUACAAAGCUCGUAAUAACAGUCAUAUGAGUAGGGAAGAAGUAAUUAAGGAGUUGGCAGGAAUUGUGGGCAGCCUCAAUCCAGAAAAUAAAGUGGAUCUCAAUAACCCACAGUAUACUAUUGUGGUGGAAAUAAUAAAAAACGUCUGUUGCUUGAGUGUGGUGAGAGACUAUGUUCUGUUCAGAAAAUACAAUCUACAGGAGGUGGUGAAGAGCAACAAAGAAGAUGCACAGCAAAAGUCAAGUGUGACUGAAGAAAAAGACUCAAAGGCAGAAAAAAAAGAAGUGGAGGAGGAAGAGAACUCAAAAGAAGUAACACAAGAGAACAAGAAUGAAGGUGAACAAGAAACCAACCCCAAGGAGAAUGAUAUACUUACAGUGUAAAAGAUAUAGUAGAUGGGAAAGAUAAACACAAAGGAAAUCUAUUAAAAAUGCCCUAGAGUUCUGAAAGGGCUUUGUGAAGAGAAGAGUGGGUUUUCAUUUGGAGUCUUGUUUUUUAAAUCCACAUGUGUAAGAAUUUUAAUGCUCACGGUGUAUCUGCAGGUGGAGCUGAUGUUAUUGCAGACAUAACAGUGCUCAAAAGGGAAAGGUGAAAUGGCUGUAAUUCCUCUGCAGCUUUGUUCUGUGUUGUCUUUAUGUAGCAUGGAGAGCAAGUGUGUGCAUACAUAUGCACAUGUGGCCAGCCUGACGUAUACUGACUCUCCCUUAUUGUAUCUGAGAACUGCAGAAAUCAAAAGACAUUCCAGAAUCAGCCCUAGCAGCAUGUAGUGACAGAAGUGAGAAAUCUUGAAAAGGCAGUUGUUUGCAAGAGGAUUUUGAGGGAAGUGAGUGAUCUCACAGUCUGGGUGACUGCAGAACUCUCAGAUAUAUUUUGCAUGUAAUCAGAAGGGGAUAAAACUCCUUAUCCUUUCCUGUAUGAUGAAGGGAUAUAUACACACACAUGGACAUCUUUCUGCAAGAAUAUUCUGAGUCUUUAAAGUGUAGGGGAAGAAUGCUAUGAUUAAAAUACUUGAAUAUUUGUGCAAGAAUAUGCAAGAAUGAAUAACAACUGGCUGUUGUAGAACAGUAGAAGUACAGUGCAGGCAUUGCAAAGAAUUUUAGCAAAAUUACAUUUGUGUUUACCACAGCUGUGUAUACAGCAGUUACUGGCAUACAGCAAAUGCUCUAUGUACUUGUUGAACAGAAUCCUUUUGAGUAAUUUCAUGCAAAUAGCYGUUUGCUGCUCUUUCCAAAGAUAUAACUACAAGGAGUAAAGGGGAGGAACAGUUUUUGUGUUUUUUUUUUUUUUCUUGAGGUCUCAAAACUUGAAUUUAAAUACUGCAAGUUUCUUAUGGAAGAAGCUUUCUGUUACACCAUAUUGGAUGGAGUGGAAACAGGGGUAACUUUCGGUCAUAGUUUUAGCUUUAUAAUACUAAUUUUGUUUCACAUUGAAAACAACGUCUAUCAGUGCCUGUUUCCAUUGUCAGCAGCUUUUUUGGUAUCUCAGUGAAUUAAAAAAAAAAAUCAAUAGAGCAUAGCUAUAAUCUGCUUUCCAGUAUGGUUUGGAGUAUGCUUUUGACACUGCUAGCUUCAGUAUUUCAUUUGUAGACUAAAAGGAUGGGGUUUGUAAAUGGAAAAAGGCUUGUCUUGCAGAACACCAAGUGUUACUUGUCUUGGUUUAAAGAAAAGGAUGUGUUUAAGCCUCUUAACAGUGUUUCUUUUAUGAUUUCCUCUUUUCUCAAAAUUGUUUUAGAAGUUGGAAAAUCAA